GUUUCACUCGAAAAUUCGUCGGCUUCGCGGUGUGUUAGUUUUCGGUGCUCCGUUGAGUGAAAAGGAAAUUCCGGAAAAUAUCAACAAAAACGGUAAUAUUAUCAACAUUUCCAAAACAAAUCAAUUAUUUUUGGUGGUUCUGCUGACAACUUAGUGGUUCGUGUUUAGAAUUAAAACAUUGUUUUGCGUGUUUACCGUUAGCCGUUUUGCGUUACCGUUAACUUUGAGAAAAAGCGCGCGUUUUGAAUUCGCUGUUUGCCUUCUUUUUUUUAAUGUUACAAAACGAAGAUAAUGAAACAAAAAUGGCAAGCGAGAAAUUAAAUGAAUGAAUGAAUUUUUUCAACGAAAAUCGGCUGCGUGUGCAAUUCGAUUCGAAUAACAAAACAAAAAGCAUAAAGCAAAAGUAAAAAUAAAAAAUUGGAGAAAAAAACCAAAAGAAAAGAUAGCGCGAAAAGUCAUAAAGUAAAGACUGCCAACUGGCCAAGGGGGCAGCUCUUCCGAAGAAUUACCAGAACCAGCUGCACCACCAGAGGCACCACCAUCAGGGGCAGCAGCAGGCGCGGCACCACCAUGCUGCCGCAGCAAUACUGCCUGAGGUGGAAGUACCACCAUAGCAAUCUGCAGACCAUGUUCUCCCAGCUGCUGGAUCGCGGAUGCUUCUGCGACGUGACCCUGGCCUGCGAGGGCCAACUCAUCCGUGCCCAUCGCGUCGUCCUGUGCGCCUGCAGCACCUUCUUCGAUGCCGUGCUCUCCAAUUAUGCCAGCGAACGUGAUCCGAUCAUCAUCAUGAAGGACGUCACCUUUGCGGAGGUCAAGUGCCUCAUCGAGUUCAUGUACAAGGGCGAGAUCAAUGUGGAGCAUGCCAGCCUACCUUCGCUGCUGAAGACCGCGGAUGACCUGAAGAUCAAGGGCCUGGCCGAGGUGACCUGGCGCGAUGAUGAGGACGGACCGCCGCCACCGAUGGCCGCCGCCGAGUUUCACUCACCGCCGCGCAGUUUGGCAGAGAGCUACGCCCAGGACCUAAUCCUUCAGCACCAGCAACAGCAGCAGCAGCAGCAGCCCCCAGCUGCUCCACCCUUGCAUCUGCACAGCUCCGCGCUCAUGGACAGAGAUCGAGAACGGGAGCGGGAACGUGAACGUGACCGGGAGCGUCUGUCGCCGGGCAUGGAGAGUGUGCUGGGUCGCAUGCCGGUGAUGACGCCGCUGCCGGGCGCUUCGGGCUCGGCAGGAGUGGGUGCGGUAUCCGGUGGCACGUCCCUCGAGGGCGUAGCACCCGUGGAGCACUUUCUGGGCCCCAAACGCAAGCGUGGUCGUCCGCCACUAGACGAUGCCUACGAUGUUUUCAAUGUACGCAAGCUGGCCCAGUAUGCCGCCAAUCUGGAGCCUGCCCAGCGUGCCUACUUGGAGACGGCGCGUCACUUUGCAGAGGAGCCGCCACUGGCCGCCCAUGCCGCCUCGAUGCCCUCCCCGCCCGCCGCCUGCCCGCCCAAACAGCGCCAGCGUCUACGUCACCAGCAGCAGCAGCAGCAGCAGCAACAACAGCAGCAACAGCUGCUCCAGUCGGAAACCGGUGACCAGGAGCCGCCAGUAGCUGGCCAGGAUUGGUCCAAUGUGGAGCCAAAUGGCAGUGCCACGCCCAGCGAUGCCGAUGCUAACAAACAGGAAACGGAGGGCGGCGAUGAAUCGCUACCGGCAGUGCUCACCACCGCCAGCAGCAGUGGCAUCAAAAAGUUGGAGAAGAUUGGCGAGCGGCGCGAACGCCAUGGCAAACUACGUCAUGCUCGUCGCCUCUAUGAGAAGUCCGGAGAGGAUGAAGUUGAGCAGCCCAAGGAGGAGCCCGCUGAGCUGCCGCAGCCGCUGGAGGAGAUCGAGAACGAGCAUCUGGUGGCGAAUAGGGCAGAGUCGCCGCGUCCUACGGUCGUCAUACCGGCGAGUUUUGCCUGCAAAUACGAGGGUGGCGUGGCUGCCGGAGGCAGUGGCACCGGUUCCGGCUCUGGCUCCGGAUCCGGAUCAGCUGGAUCCUCCUACUUGAUCAACGAACACGGCAUGCUGAUGGCCCACGAAUUUGCACCGAAUGUGGCCAGUGCCGCCGCCACUGCAGCUGUGGCCGUCGCAGCAGCCGCCGCCGCAGUGGCAAAUGCCUCAGCCGGUAGCGGAAAUGGAAAUGGUGGACAGGAUGCAAGUGGCAGUGGAACCGGCGCCGCCGCCGACUAUCCCGACAUCAAGCUGGAGGACUACGAUGCCGCCGAACUGCGACUGACCAACGAGGAGCUCUCGCAGUGGCAGGACGUCAUCAAGAUGGACGACUAUCUGGCCAAGGGGCGGCGUCCACAGUUCUGGGAGGAGCCAUUCACCAAGCGUGUGCUGGACGCCAUUAAAAACAAAAGACUCGAGAUGAAGAAGGCCGCCAGAAUUCUGGGCGUUUCCUAUGGCACUCUGUAUGGGCGUUACCGCGAGGUCUAUGGCUGCCUAAAGCAUCCUUACAGUGGCACAGCCUUCCGAAACUCCGGAUCCAGCUCGACAAGUCAGAUGGGAGUUCAGCCGCGUUUCGAUUUGGGAUUUCGCAACGGGGGCGGCAUUCCAGCUCAGCUGGUCCAAACCAAUCCCUACUUGCAGAGCUGGGCAAGCUGAAGAAGGAUCUGAGCGAUCUAUGGACACGUCCGCAGAUUUGAGGACCAUCCAAUGCCACAACCACGAAGAAACCGCAGAAAAGUCACAAACGACGCCACAGGCUGAUCUAGGAUCACUUAAGGAUAAAAGACAGCUAGACGAGGCUAGUUUUGGAUGCCGAGUAAUGCUUUCCUGAAUCGAUUCCCACAUUAAUGUGUUGUGCCCAUCGAGGGGUCGAGUCGGGUCGGGUCACAACUCCAACUGAUCUUCUACACAUUUAGGAUCUUAUUAUUACCUAAUAUAUAAUAUAAAUACAUGUCUAUAUAUACG